CAAACUCUUCCCAUUUCAUUACCUGAAAUGAAAUUAUUCCGAAAUGCAAAACGUAUAUUUUGAAUUUCGUGGCUGUUCUGAUUAAAAUAUCCUUAAUUAAUUUCUCAAAUAUCUUUUUUUUAAUACUAUUUUUAGUUUUUUUUUUUUUUUCCUUCCUUCGUUGUUUCUUCCCAUCCUCUCCAGCCUGCAGUCGACCGCUCAGAGAACCGGCCAGCGACGACCGGUCGGUACCGGUUUUCAACGAACCGGUUUUCACUUCUCAGACCUGAAGAUCCUGCGACUAGAAACUGGGGAAGAAAGGGAAAAAACUGGGAAAAAAAGAGAAAUCGGAAGCUCAAAAAAUGGCGGAGAAAUCGAGGAAAUCUUGUUCUGAGAAAAACGAAAUGAUAGAAGCUGCAUGCAUCGAAUUUUGAAGAGAGGGUCUUUGUUUUAUUUGGAUUUCUGGUAGUUUGAGACUGUUGUGGGGUUAUUUUGGGAAUCUAUGUAUGGAAGGAAGGGAAGGGAUUAGUUCCGGAGGUGAAAACCCUAGUCAAGGUGGUGGCGGAGGAUUGGCGGUGAGCUUGGCUUUGGCGGGGAAGAAGAGGAGAGGGAGGCCGAGGAAGUACGGAGCGGACGGGACUAUGUCGUUGGCGCUAUCACCGAUGCCGAUUUCAUCGUCCGGGCCAGCAACAGGGCCCACGGUCGCGCUGGGCACAGUGCCGGAGAUGGGGGAUGGGGAAUUCCCGGCGGUGGUGAAGCGGGGUAGAGGGCGGCCAGUGGGAUCGGUGAACAGGCCGAAGCCGCCACGAAUGGACUUAGAUCCUUCAGGUGAAUGGACUGCACCCUCCGCAGGGGCCAAUUUCACACCCCAUGUCAUCACAGUUGCAACUGGCGAGGAUGUUACCAUGAAGAUUAUCUCAUUUUCUCAACAAGUUCCUGGAGCUAUUUGCAUUCUUUCUGCAAACGGUGUCAUCUCGAAUGUUACUCUUCGUCAACCUGAUUCUUCUGGGGGUACUCUCACUUAUGAGGGCCGCUUUGAGAUACUUUCCUUGUCUGGAUCGUUCAUGGCUAUGGAGAAUGGAGGAACAAGGAGCCGAACUGGUGGUAUGAGUGUCUCUUUGGCAAGCCCAGAUGGUCGUGUUGUAGGCGGAGGAGUAGCAGGUUUACUAGUAGCUGCCAGCCCAGUGCAGGUUGUGGUCGGCCAUUUUUUGCCAAACAAUCAGCAGGAACAGAAGCCCAAGAAGCCAAAAAUUGAGUCCACAUCUGCAACACCAACUUCUCCCUUUACCAUUUCCAGUGCGAACAUGGACAAUGCUUACGGUGGGCAAGUACAGCACAGCUCAAAAACCCAAAAGCCCAGUCUUGCAUCUUCUUCAUCCUUUCGAGGAGAUAACUGGUCGUCGUUGCAUUCCCUACCAACUGAUAUUAACAUAUCCUUGCCUGGUGGGUAAUCCGAACAGCACAUACUUCUCACCUGAAAGUUCUCACUGACCAGAUUGACACUCACAUGUGGUUGCUUUGUGCGAACUACUACAAGUUCCAAACUGCUGUGUUUGUCUGGCUCUGAUAACUCAUUGACUUGCAAUUCAUGCUAGCCGAUAAUUCGAAGCUUAACAGCAACAUCAACUUUCCAGCCCAGGUUUGGCAGUCUUUUUAUGAGGUAGGAGUAUGAUCAGUUGGCUGAUUAGCAAGGCCAGAUCAACCACUGUUGUUACCAUAUCUCUUGUUGUUGUCCAACCUUUUUAUUGUUUACACGUAACACCCGUUUUCUCCACCAUUCUUCCACCUGGUUGUUGUUUCUCAUUUGGGGUUUUAAGUUGAUCAUCCAAGUUCCGGUAGCCCAUUUCCUAUCUUGUUUAUGUGAACUUUGUUGUUUUUUUUUUUUUUGUUAAAGACGACUGUGAUAGGGACUGAUCAUUUCAGUAUAAAUUAUGAGCAUCUUCUUAGCUA